AUGUUACAGCCCGAUUCCUGUGGGUGUGGGAUGAACAAUUUACAAUUGUUUCAAGUCCCUCCGACUAAUAUUGCUUUAGAAGACUCGAAAUGGGAAGAAUAUUACCCCAUUUCCAGUACUUUAGAUUCCGACACCGCUCCCAUCGAAUUUGAAAUUAAAGGACAAGGAGAUCACUAUCUGGAUUUAUCUCAAACUUAUCUUCAAAUGGUAUGUAAAUUUACCAAAGACGAUGGAAGUAAUCUGACUGGGGCGAACAGCACUUCCAGUCCCGUGAAUAAUAUCUUACAUUCCAUGUUUACGGAAAUCGAUGUCAGUCUGAUUGGAAAAAUAGUGACUCCAGGGACGGAUACCUAUCCUUACAAAGCUUAUCUGGAGAAAUUAUUGUCUUACCGACCCAGAACUUUAAAGACACAGACGAGGGCCUGUAGUCUGUGGGAAAAAGAUACAGCAGGACACAUGGACGAAGUGGGAAUAGAGGACCUUGGUGUAGCUCAAAAUAAAACCUUUGAUGUAACUAAAGGUUCAAGUAAAGAUACAGUGACCAUUAACGAACCCAUCCUCACAGCGUUACCGGCCAAUUCUAAAAACGAAGGAUUCCGAAAAAGACACCAAGCUAUUGCUGACAGUAAGAAAAUCAGUUUGCUGGAUACUUUACAUUUAGAUUUGUUUCAACAAGAUCGAUUUCUACCUAAUGGAGUGGACGUCCAUUUGCGAUUUAAUCGAGCUAGACCCUCUUUCUACAUGAUGAUCAAAGGAGGAAGUACAGGAAAAGUGAAAAUAUUGAGUAUGAUCUUGUGGGUGAGAAAAGUCAAACCCACAGCAGUCAUGAUGAAUACCAUUAAUCAGAGUUUGAAUACCCACAGAGCCAAAUAUCCCUUGAGAAGAGUGGAAGUGAAAACCUUUACCAUCCCCAUAGGGACCCAGUCUAAGAUUACAGAUCAUCUGUUUCAAGGCCAGAUGCCUAAACGUCUCAUUUUAGGCUUUGUGGAGAAUGCGGCCUUCAACGGAGAUAAAAUAAAAAUCCCUUUCAUUUCCAAAACUUUGGGAUCAAGAAAUUAG